AUGGGAGUCGAGAGUAUUCUAGGAGCUCCCCGUCUGGUCCCACCCGGGGAAUCCAUUGGCAUUGACAAGGUUUUGGCAUCGCUCGAUAUCAAGAAACAUCCAAAAUCUGAUCCCGUAGAAAAUGCCAAAUUCGACAAUCUCUACUGGCGACUCAGGACUUCAACAGAGGAGCAGAUCAUGGCAACGCCCUUCGCCAGGUUCAAACUCACUCCAGAGGUGCCAUCGAGACCCGUAUCUCCAACAGAUAGCGUAGUCCAACUCGAGAUUCCUCCACCUACGGGGUCGCGGGGAGACAAGGAACUGCACGAGGGCUCGGCCUUCGAGAGCGAAGUACUGCCAGAUGAAGAUGGAAAUUUGGCGGUGAGGAUUGGCACCAAAGUUAUCAACUUUGCGGCGACCAAGGCCAAAGGAAUGUUGGAGUUCAUCACGCACAAGUGA